AUGCGCAUUGUGUGUUACAGCUUCAAAACAAUGGCGGUAGACGGUUUGACCAUAACAGAGCAAUGGAUCAGAGAAAAACUGAACCUUCAACACAGUUGCCUAGCGGAUGUCCGAUCAUUGACUCUCCCAGGAACAUAUGAAGGGAAAAUCUUUCAUUUAGGAACAUCCCUUAAAAACUUUGUCCGUCUGAAAACAUUGGACCUUUCACAUAAUGCACUGGUUACAGUAAAGGGUAUUGAACAUUUGGAAAUGUUGGAGAGACUGAAUCUAUACUACAACAGACUGGCAUCUCUACAGGACGUCUUUUCCCUGCACAAGCUGCAGAAUUUGAAGGAACUGGACUUACGACUGAAUCCUGUGGUCAAGAGACACCCGCACUACCGUUUGUACCUGGUCCAUGCAAUGACCAAACUCCGCAAACUCGAUGAUUGUCCAGUGCGAGACAGAGAAAGAAGGGCGGCUCUCAUGCAUUUCUCAUCAGAGGCAAAUCUAGACACUAAUCAUAAGAAACAUGUCUUAAUACAAGACACAACUUCCAGUAGUGAGCUCAGAAUAAAAGCAAUGCAGAAGGUGGUGAAGACGCUGUCGCUUCUUGACGGGAACGAGGAAGCUGCGCUCAAUGAUGUUUCUAGCAAGACCUGGAAUAGCAAGAGACCUCAAACUCUCUCCGUCCGCUCUGAGAACGAGUGCAGCCCUCAUCUGUUACAGGAAAAUCCAUCUGAAUCUGAUAUCAUACAUUUAAUCAAUGAUUCUGAUUGUAAAAGGUUGCCAAAACAAAAUCAGGAAUCUGUUCCCAAGGUCUCGGAUUAUAAGAAUGUUCGUCCUCAUAGAGUCACGUUUGUGAGCCCCAUCGUGGAGAGCCGUCAUUCAGUCAGGAGUCUGACUCGCGCAACAGUUCGAGGAGAACACGUCUUCACACCGCAUCCUACAGACAUGCGGUCAGCUUCGCAGGAGCAUGAUUGCACAGCCAUUAAAUGGCAAAACCAACAUCAGGACAGAGCAAAUCCAGUCGUUCAUCCUCCCAGGUUAACCUACCAGAUCCCAGGAACCUCAGAUAGAAGCCGCAAACCACAGAAGGGUGUCUACAGGAAGCCCAUGGAGUCGCUCCUCAGCAUGAUGGAGGAGCUCUGGUCUGGGAAGGAGGAGAGUCAACAAAACAGGACGUUUCUCAUGAAGAUGGUCCAGAUCCUCAGGAUGAUGGAGCAGGAUGUUUCGGAAGGAGAACAGGAGAUCCAAACUCUUAAAGAGACGCUCAAAGCCUUGAACGCUCGGAAUGAACUACGGGAAAAACAACAUGAGUCUGAGACUGAAGAACUGACACUUCAGCUUCAGCAGGCGCAGGAGUCCAUCGCAGGCCUUAAUGAGCAGCUGAAGAAUGUGUUGGAGGAGAAUGUGUCUUUACAGAAACAGCUUAUCAAAGUAGAAAAGAAGCGGUUGUCCUCUCACCUCAAGAAAACGCCACACAUGGAGAGCAGAGGAGUGCAGUCAGUCCCUGAGGAGUUGAAGGAGAAAAGACGUACGAGUCAAGACGGAAACGGAGCGAAUGACCCGCAUGAGAGCUACAGGUCUUUGAUAGCCAGAAAUGAGCGUUUGCUGCAGCAGUUGGAAGACGCUCUAAUGAGCAAAUGAAGAAGGCGCUUCCAAUAGACAUUUGCAUUUAUAGAGAAAAUUUUAAUUUAUUAUAAAUCUGUCCUUUGAAAGAUGUUGAUACCUCUUUUUGUAAAACGCCUUACACAGUCUCAGCAUGUUGUCUGUAUAUUCCUACAUCCAAGAAUCAAUCACUAUUCACAUCUUACUGUAUGUGCAACCAGAGAUAUAUCCAGACCAUUCCUUUGAGAUUUCAUGUGGAUGAAUGAAAUAAACGAGAACCAGGCAGUUUGUUUUUUUAUUCAAUACGAUGCUACAAAACACUUACACGUUAAAAAUCAUUUUUAUCACCAUAUGACAUGCAUAUCAGGACACUGUAGAACAUUAAAAAACAUUAUUUGAAAAAUAAGACAGUAUUGUUCCUCAAAAUGGAUGGUUAACAGUAUUUGGCAUUAAGCGCACAAAACGUUAAAAACAUACGUUAAAUACGUCCACAUGUAUGCUUGUUUGUGGUUUAUUAAAUACGAGUCAUUUCUGAGCAGAACCUGCAGGAGAGCUUGACAUUUAUGAUCCAUCGCCACUUUUCUUAUCUGAAAAUAAAUGUUCCGUAGAAGAAUACGUCUGUACACUCUCUCUCCAUAGACAUGGACGAUAUCAUCUAUUACAAAGGGUUCCCACAAUCACGUAAAAUAUCGGGGAAAUUUAAAUCUGUUUUCCAGGUCUGGAAAAGUCGUCAUAAAGUCUUAAAAGUUCUUGUUCUUGAAAUUGUAUAUUAAAAAUAUUUUUUUUUUUUUCCGAUUUAGCGAAUAAAUAUUGCUUUUGGAUUGAGUAAAACUUGUUCACAAGCCAAAGUGAGGUCCGAUUUGUGAGCGAAUCAUCGUUUGUCUAGUCUCUGAAACGUUAAAAUCGAAACGAUCAUUGUUUUUAAAUCCACAUCCAGUUUUCACAGAACGACUGGAAUGGUCAUGGAAAAGUCAUUGAAAUUUAUUGGUCAGAACUAAGUGUGGGAACCCUGAAGGUUGGAUCUUGUCCAGUGUGUUCAGAUGGCAGUGCGUUUAUAAAUAAUUCAGAACACUAGUUAUGGUAAAGGGAAUGUAUUCAUUUAGACUUAUGCCAUGCCAGCGUUAGUUACAGCAUGUCACUUCUCUUGUAAACAUUGUUCUGUAGGCAGAAACACUAACAGCAAAGUGCCAUGUUAAAUAUAACAACAGUGCUUUUCAAACUAAAAUCCACAGCAAAAUACAAAAAUUACUUCAUUCGCAGGUUGAUCUAUUGCUGAUAAACCGGGCCGGGCAGAAUCUGCAAACUUAAUCGUGUUUUGGGGUGAAAUCUGCAUAAUGCAUUUAAA